AUGACCGUUCUCGGUGCUCUGCCUGUACAACGAUCGACAAUAUCACCUGAUCACCUCGCCUCACCUUGUCGGCUACAUCACCUUGCCAACAACCUCACCUUGUCGGCAACCUCAGGUGCUAUAAAAGAUGAAUCUGAAGAUAAUGGAAACCUUUCUGAUGGGGGUGUUGAAUCGAACCAGAUUGAAGGCAAUUCAUCUGGAAAGAGUGUAUGCAACUGGUGGGAUUCCCAAGGGCAUUUCAAGCCAAACUUUGAUAAGGGAAAUGAACCUUUUGUUGUCACAAUGCAACCUCCAAACGUGACUGGUAUCACAGUAAAAGGAGAUGGACCGAUUGUGUUAGUUUUAGCUCCAACUUGUGAACUUGCUGUUCAAAUACAACAAGAAGCAACUAAAUUUGGCACAACUUCAAAGAUUAAGAAUACUUGCAUUUAUGGUGGGGUUCCAAAGGUUCCUCAAGUUCGUGAUUUACAGAAAGGUGUUCAUAUUAUCAUUGCUACACCUGGAAGAUUGAUUGAUAUGUUGGAGUCUCAUCAUACAAACCUGAGGAGGGUGACUUACCUUGUGUUGGAUGAGGCAUAUAGGAUGCUUGACAUGGGUUUUGAACCUCAAAUGAAAAAAAUUGUUUCACAGGCCAUUUUUAUAGAUGAUUUGAAAUUUGGACAUGUUGAUAUUGUUACUCAGAAUCAAAAGUACAACAAAUUGGUGAAACUGUUGGAUGACAUCAUGGAUGGGAGUAGAAUUCUAAUUUUUAUGGACACGAAGAAAGGGUGUGACCAAAUUACCCGCCAGCUCAGAAUGGACGGGUGGCCCGCAUUAUCAAUCCAUGCAAAUAAAAGUCAAGCAGAAAGAGAUUAG